UUUUAAAUUAAAAUAUCUAUUCAUUUAAUAUUCUUUUGAUAGGAUUUUUGUUUGUUUGUGAAAUCUCUGAACUGGGGACUGAACCCGGGACUUUCACUGAUAAUGUUAGACCUAAGUCUUCGUAAACCCGGAGUAAUUAGUAAUUGUAAAAAUUUGUCAAUACGCAUUGCUCACUGAGGUUGGUAUAUGAUCCAUAAUCUCUCUACUCACUCACUUUUACUUUUCAGAUUAGCAGUUGGAGCAGUUGGAGAGCAAAGUUCAGGGUCAAUUUUUGCAAGAAUGGCAUUGGUUGUAGUUUGUGGGCAACCAAGUAGUGGGAAGUCAAUGGCUGCAAUGUGCCUUGCCGAAGCUCUAAAAGGAUCAGAGUUAAAAGAGACAGUCAGGAUAAUUGAUGAAACUUCCUUUCAUCUUGAUCGCAAUCAGAGCUAUGCCAAUAUGACUGCAGAGAAGAAUUUACGCGGAGUGCUCCGGUCUGAAGUUGAUAGAUCUGUGUCGAAAGAUAAUAUAAUCAUUGUAGAUUCUUUGAACAGUAUCAAGGGUUACAGAUAUGAACUAUGGUGUUUGGCUCGUGGUGCUGGAAUAAGAUACUGUGUGCUUUACUGUGAUGUGGAAGAAAAUGAUUGUAGAAAAUGGAAUGAGGAACGACGGGAGAAAGGAGAACCCACAUAUGAUGAUAAUAUACUUGAAGAUCUUGUAAGAAGGUUUGAGAAACCUGAUAGAAGAAAUCGAUGGGAUUCACCUUUGUUUGAAUUAUGGCCACAGAGAGAUGGAAUUGAGAAAUCUUCUGCUGCCAUUUUGGAUGCUGUUUCCUAUUUGACAAAAAAGGUGGAUUCAAAAACGCGGCAUGUUAAGAUUUUACAGCCAACCAUUGCAACACAAAAUACACGAUUUUCAGAGGCAAAUUCUCUGUAUGAAUUGGAUAAAGCAACACAAGAAGUGACUAAUGCUAUUGUAGAAGCACAAUCGAAGGCACUUGGAGGGCCUCUUAACGGGAUAUCUCUUGGCCAGAGUUUGCCUACUAUCAAUAUUUCAAGGUCAGUUGGGCUGCCUGAGCUACGUAGACUACGAAGAACAUUCAUUAAAUUGACAGGGCAAACCAGUUUGAGUGGACCACCACCACCGUCUGAUUCUGACAGUGCAAAGAGGAUGUUUGUGGACUACUUGAACAGGGAACUAGAAACCACUGCUUGAAUGAGCAUAAAUAUCAUUGUUCUAUUGAAAUAUCUUUGGGAUUAGUCAAAUGUGAGGGCCAUUCUAGGUUUUGUCCAAUAUCGAAUGGUGUUGUACCAACAAAUAAUGAAAGUGGAGGUUUGCCUUCUAAAAAGGUAGUACUACACUUACAAUUCAAUCUUACAAACUUUCUUUCACAACUUCAACGUGAUAGCUUGCAUAGGUCUCGUUUGUUCAAUUACGAACUGACCAAUUGUAAACUAUCAUGUCAGGCUGUAAAAGAAAGUUUGAAAAAUUAGGUGUGAGCCAAUCUUUUAUUGUUCUAAAAAUAGGUUACUUUGUUUUUAGUAUCUAUUGUAUCAAAGAAAAGCAGUGUGGUUUGCUAAAGGAAUCACUGUAACAUUUGUUCAAUGGUAAUUUAUUUGGAUUGUUUCAAAUUGUCAAUACAUGUUUUUGGUGAUUUGACGUUUCAAAA